AAUCGCUUCACCUUCACCUUCACCUUCACCUUCACCUUCACCUUCGCUUUCGUUCUCUCCGCAACAACCUUUAUGGCCAAGCGCUUCAAGCUCAGACUCUCCCGCGUCCUCCAAAUCUGUCGCUCCGAACACCCCCCGGCUUACCCGCAGCACCCGUCGAGGGCGGCGGCUCACUGGCUGUUCCCCGCCAACCCCAAGCCCCUCGACGUCAGCUUCACCAGCUUGCCCGCCCCGCCUCCGUCGACCCCCGACGACUCCUUCAUCGCCCGCCACGUCGCCUCAGUCCGCUGCACGUCCUGCGCCGGCGCCGACUCUCCGUCCGAGUACACGUGGGAGAAGGACGGACGUUGGCACGUGGUCUCGAGACGGAGCCGGAGCCAGAGCCAGAGCCAUCCCAGGCCUCGUCGGAAGAUAUGCGGAGGUUCGAGAUUCGACGAGGGCGACGUGGAGACGACGUCGCCGGUCCUGGUGAGGCAGGGCGACCGUAGGAUGAAGCAGAAGAAGAGCCAGGGCCAGGCUAAAGGCAGAACGACGGCGUCGGUCGUCGGGAGGAGCGUCACAUCCAGCGACAGCGGGUUGUUCAGCUGGGAGAGCGGCAGCGAAAACAACGGGGACGAGGAGGACGAGACUGACGCAUUGCUGUCGACUUCCAUAAGCUUUUCGAACGACACUUUACCCGAAUACUACCGCACCACCACGAGAUACCCACCGGACAAUCAGGCGACGAAGGAAAAGCAAAAAUCCCCUCAAGACGAGGACAACGACACCGACGAGAACAGAAUCAAGAGGCUGAGGCGCUACACCAGCAGGGGCCGAGAGGAGGCGGCGGACGCGGCGGGGGAGAAGAGGAGCGGCGUGGUGAUGGGGGAGAGCGUGGCGGUGGUGAAGAGAUCGGAGAAUCCGCUGGAGGACUUCAAGAGGUCGAUGGCGGAGAUGAUAGCGGAGAAGCGGAUGUUCGGGGCCGGGGACCUGGAGCAGCUCCUGCAAUGCUUCCUGUCGCUCAACUCGCGGCAGUACCACGGGGUCAUCGUGGAGGCGUUCGCCGAGAUAUGGCAGGUCUUGUUCUUCGAUUCACGCGCCGACACCGAACGGCGUCGGUCCGGCUCCUCGUCGACCUCGGCUGUGGUUGAACGUUGUUAAAGAAGAAGAAGAAGGUCGAGAGCCUCUUCUUCUCUUCCUUGGGGAUUAAUUUAAUAUCAAUACUUUGGAUAUUUUCCUAGACUAUAGAAUACCGAUUGCUUUUUCAUUGGUGGAAGAAUUUAUAUGAUGGUGCUUGUUGUAAAUUUGAAGCAAUAAAACACCUCCUCUUUCUUUUUC